AUGGACUGCCCAUACCAAACACUCAGCUUAGCUGAGCUCAACGCAGCGGCGCUCGACCACUUCGUCUACACGCCGGUCAGCCGGCCGAUGAUCCAGUACCUCGCCAGCGCCGCCUGCAACGUCAUCCAGUGCGAUCCCACCAUGAUGCCGCCCCCGCCCGCCGCCGAGAGCCGGCCAGCACACCUCCCCCACACCCCGCCGCGGACGCCCUCCCCGCAGGCAGUCAAGUGCACCGACGGCGGCCUGCCGAGCCUCGAGGAGUUCAUCACGCAGCUCGUCGUCUCGAGCAACGUCCAGGUGCCCACGCUCAUGAGCACGCUCGUCUACCUGCGCCGCCUCAAGUCGCGCCUGCAGCCCAUGGCCAAGGGCCUGCGCUGCACCACGCACCGCAUCUUCCUCGCCUCGCUCAUCCUGGCCGCCAAGUACCUCAACGACAGCUCGCCCAAGAACAAGCACUGGGCCAACUACAGCGUCAUCACGACGGCCGAGUUCAACUUUGGCUUCAGCCGCACCGAGGUCAACCUCAUGGAGAAGCAGCUGCUCUUCCUGCUCGACUGGGACCUGCGCAUCACCGAGGACCACCUCUACCGCGAGCUCGACGCCUUCCUCGAGCCCAUCCGCCGCGACAUCGCCUCCCGCCACGCCCGCCGCCAGCGCAGGAAGCACGAGGAGAUGAUCCGCAAGCAGCAGGAGCAGGAGGCCUGGCUCGCCGCCACCGCCCAGCAGCAGCAGCAGCAGCAGACGACGACGACGAUGACGACAACGCAGCAACUCGCCUACAUCACCCCGCCCAUGGCGCAGGUCCGCUCCCGCCACGCCACGCCGGGCCUCGAGGAGACGCCCGGGCUCACCUACAGCUCCAGCGCCGGCUCCUCGAGCUCCUACGCCUCGUCGGUGUCCUCUGGCUCCGUGCACUCGCGCUCGACGACGCCGCUGUCCAACGCCGGCUCCGCCGUCUCGUCCUCCGCCCUGUCCUACAACCAGCACGCCUCGGGCAACGACCCUUAUAUCUUCAACGCCGACGCCGACCUGUACGGCUCGCCGGUCGAGGUCGUCCUCGAGGCCCCCUUGCCGCCGGCGCCGUCGACCAAGAGGCCCUCGGACUACUACGCCACCGCGGGUCCCCGCAAGCAGCACCAGCACCAGAUGCUGCCCUACGAGAUCAGCGCCGACGACCUGCGCGACUACCAGGACGGCAGCGGCCGGGUCAAGCGCAUGCGGGGCGUCUUUGGCCGCGUCUUUGGCGGCUCGGGAGUCGCCGUGCGAUAG